AUGCCUUCCAUGGCGAGCUCCAUCCACCCCGACUUCCGCGACGAUGUCACCUCAGCGGAAGCCCACGCAGUGGACCGGGAAACAGAACGUCUAAUCCACCAACAAAUGGCUGCAGACAACGCAAGUGGUCGUGAAAGAUACAUUCAGCUCGCCAAAGAGAUGCUGCGUAUUAGAUUGCGCGCCUACAAGCCCGAGUCACCACCCGUUGCUGGUGCAUGGUGCCUGAUCGGAUCAGCACAUCUCAAGGCCUCUCAGCUGCAGGAAGCAAAGGAAGCCACUGAGAAGAGUCUGGAAAUAUAUGCCGCAGGAAACGAUGCUGAGAAAGAAAACUCCGCGGCAUUGGCGAGGGAACAGUUGGGUUUGAUCUUUGAAGGCUUGGGCCAGAUCUCCGAUGCUAAGGAAAUUCGACUGCAAGAGGAAGUACAAGCACUGACACCCGGAAAAGAGCGCAAGGGCAGCCUCACCCCCAAGAGAGAGCGCAAGGCCAGCAGGGCCAAAUACGACCCCAACCUCAAGCGGCGCCGCAAAUUCAACAAGACCCCCGACCUCCAGGCCAACAGCAAGAGGUCGCGUAGGAACACGCGUUCCGCUCCGAUCACCCCCGAAGACAAGGCCGCGGCCAAGCGCGCCUUCUAG